UGGCGGCUGCAACGUGAAGUCUGGUGCCUGCUCUCGGAGCUAGCAUGACAGAAGUGUUUUUGCUCGGGCGGAGGAGACCGGAGGUGCGUGGUGGCCCUGGUCCCCCUUGGGACGUGGAGACGUUGUCCUGAUGGUUGGACUCCAGAUGGCUGUCUGCAGGGCGGGCGGCGGGGCGCCUUAGGGGCACGUCCUGCGCUGGGAACGCCCCCUUACUGCUGAGCCAGAGUCCCGCCUCAGUUUGUCCCAACACCCCUGUCUCACACCCCUGGACGCUUUACCCCAGAUGCCACGGCUGCUGUGUCUAAAUUAGUGUUCUCUGUGGGCCAUCUCCAUUGCUAGCACUCGCUGCUGGCCUUCACACUUAUCCGGAACCCACUUCACUGACCCAUCUUGCUAGAGGCAUUCGGCCCCUGGCCCAGUCCCUCAACAGGCCCCCUCUCCAGGAGCUUCGACAGCGCCCUCUGCAAUUCUCCCCAGGGAGAAUAUAGCAGGAGCAAAUACUAUGGGACAAACAGCAAAUGAAGAUACUUUUGACUGGGACAAGUAUUUGAAAGAGACUGGAUCUGUAAGUGCUCCUUCCGAAUAUUUCAGACAGUCUAAGACUCCACCAACUAAUGAAUUCCAAAUUGGUAUGAAAUUGGAAGCCCGUGACCCUCGCAAUAUUGAUUCAAUGUGUGUUGCUUCGGUCAUUGGCAUUACUGGAGCCAGAUUACGUCUACGACUGGAUGGUAGUGACAAUAAGAAUGAUUUUUGGAGACUUGUGGAUUCAUCAGACAUACAGCCUGUUGGGACAUGUGAACAACUAGGAGAUUUACUUCAGCCUCCAUUGGGUUACAGAAUGAAUGCUUCAUCAUGGCCCAUGUUCUUACUACGUAUAUUAACUGGAUCUGAACUGGCACCUGCAGUGUUUUUUAAGGAGGAACCACCACGUCCACCCCAAAAUAAUUUCAUAGUUGGGAUGAAGAUUGAAGCUGUCGAUAGAAAAAAUCCUUUUAUGAUCUGUCCUGCCACAAUUGGAGCUGUCAGCGGAGAUCAAAUUCAUAUUACUUUUGAUGGAUGGAGUGGAGCAUUUGAUUAUUGGUGUGACUAUGACUCCCGAGACAUCUUCCCAGUUGGAUGGUGUCGCCUCACAGGAGAUGUAUUGCAGCCACCAGGAAAAGUUGUUGAAAAAAGACCAAGGGCCAAAGCAGUGACCAGAAUAUGGAGAUUGAGAAACAUGUUUUUGGAAAAUACAGAAGCAGCCCCAGAAGCUGCAGAAAAACCUGGGUGCAGUUCAUUUACCACCACUUCAGGGGAUGAAGACAGAACUUUGGAAGACUAUCAAGCAGCCCCUGCUGGGAAAAAACCCAGGGGCAGAGGAUUCACCAAGCCUUUGGAAGAUGAAGUCAGACCAGGGAGAGAUGUCCAAGUAGCCCCAGUUGAGGAAAAAACCAAGGGCAAAAGAGUUACCAAACCUUGGAAAGACCAGGCCACACCUUUUGAAGAUGAAGCAGCAGCCCCAGCCGAGAAAAAGCGCAAGAGUAAAACUGUCACCACACCUUGGACUGACCAACCCAGACUUUUUGCAGAUCAAGGAACUGCCCCAGCGGAGAAAAAGCGCAAGGGCAAAACAGUCACCACACCUUGGAGUGACCAACCCCAACUUUUUGCAGAUCAAGGAGCAGCCCCAGCUGAGAAAAAGCACAAGGGCAAAACAUUCGCCACCCCUUGGACUGACCAACCCAGACUUUUUGCAGAUCAAGGAGCAGCUCCAGCUGAGAAAAAGCGCAAGGGCAAAACUGUCACCACCCCUUGGACUGACCAACCCAGACUUUUUGCAGAUCAAGGAGCAGCCCCAGCCGAGAAAAAACGCAAGGGCAAAACAGUCACCACCCCUUGGAUUGACCAACCCAGACUUUUUGCAGAUCAAGGAGCAGCCCCAGCUGAGAAAAAGCGCAAGGGCAAAACUGUCACCACCUCUUGGACUGACCAACCCAGACUUUUUGCAGAUCAAGGAGCAGCCCCAGGUGAGAAAAAACGCAAGGGCAAAACUGUCACCACCCCUUGGACUGACCAACCCAGACUUUUUGCAGAUCAAGGAGCAGCCCCAGCUGAGAAAAAGCGCAAGGGCAAAACAGUCGCCACCCCUUGGAGUGACCAACCCAGACUUUUUGCAGAUCAAGGAGCAGCCCCAGCUGAGAAAAAGCACAAGGGCAAAACAUUUGCCACCCCUUGGAGUGACCAACCCAGACUUUUUGCAGAUCAAGGAGCAGCCCCAGGUGAGAAAAAACGCAAGGGCAAAACUGUCACCACCCCUUGGAGUGACCAACCUAGACUUUUUGCAGAUCAAGGAGCAGCCCCAGGUGAGAAAAAACGCAAGGGCAAAACUGUCACCACCCCUUGGAGUGACCAACCUAGACUUUUUGCAGAUCAAGGAGCAGCCCCAGGUGAGAAAAAACGCAAGGGCAAAACUGUCACCACCCCUUGGAGUGACCAACCUAGACUUUUUGCAGAUCAAGGAGCAGCCCCAGCUGAGAAAAAACACAAGGGCAAAACUGUCACCACCUCUUGGACUGACCAACCCAGACUUUUUGCAGAUCAAGGAGCAGCCCCAGCUGAGAAAAAGCGCAAGGGCAAAACAUUUGCCACCCCUUGGACUGACCAACCCAGACUUUUUGCAGAUCAAGGAGCAGCCCCAGCUGAGAAAAAGCGCAAGGGCAAAACUGUCACCACCCCUUGGAUUGACCAACCCAGACUUUUUGCAGUUCAAGGAACAGCCCCAGCUGAGAAAAAGCACAAGGGCAAAACUGUCACCACACCUUGGAGUGACCAACCCAGACUUUUUGCAGAUCAAGGAGUAGCCCCAGCUGAGAAAAAACCCAAGGGCAAAAGAGUCACCAAGCCUUGGAAAGAUCAAUCCAUACCAUUUUACUUUGGAGUAGCAAGUCCAGCUGAGAAAAAACCCAAGGGCAAAAGAGUCACCAAACGUCAGAAAGAUCAAGCCCAAUUUUUAGCAGAUGAAGAAGCAAUGCCAGCUCUUUUCUCAGCUCUUAGUGUGAGUAGUACAGAGAAAACACCACCCUCUUCCUCUGAACAAUCCAAGUCUUCUCCCUCCGGGAAAACAUCUUCCACCGCCAAAGGGGCUCAAUCUUCAAGGAAGUCUCCACGAAAAACAAGUGUUGUGCAAAAAGUACCAAAGACCAGCAAGAAAGCAGGAAAAACUAAGUCUACUAAAGAUACUUCAUCCACCAAGAAGGGUAUUACUAUUAAAAUUGUCCUACCAAAGAAAAGAGGUGGAAAGUCUGGAAAAAAGGAAAAAAGUAUUCCAGUUGUUUCUUCUACAUCUUCAGCUUCUUUAAGUUCACUGAUGAAAAGUUCAUCAAAGACUCCUGAGGAGCCAUCUAAAAUAGUGAUGUCUACAGUCUGUGUGUAUAUAAAUAAACAUGGAGAUUGUGGCCCCUACCUGGAUCCACAGAAGGUUCAGCAGCUACCUAGCCACUUCGGCCCAGGCCCUGUGAAUGUCAUUCUCCGGCAGAUUGUGCAGGCCUGUGUGGAUUGUGCCAUUGUGCCCAAGGAUGUGUUUUUAUUGCUUAAGCCAGAUAAUAGAGGAGGAGAAAUGAUAACUGCCUUCUUUGAUGGGAAAGUUAAUACUGUUCAGCUCCCUCCAGUGAACAGUGCAUCAUUUGCACUUCGUUUUCUUGAAAAUUUCUGCCACAGCCUGAACUGUGAUAAGUUUUUGAGUAGCCAGCCUUUCAGACGUAAGGCUCAUACCCCAACUGAUCAAAGUGAACCAGAAACAGAAAAUGAGGAACUACAGGAAAAGAAAAACUUCAAACGCUUAUCUCUGAAACCUGAACAUUCUGCUCCUGUCUCAUCUAAGGUUCCCAGAAGGUCUGGCCGAGCCUCUAAAGCUUCAAGUUAUAUAGCUGUACCAGACCCCAGUGUCCUGAAACAAGGCUUCUGUAAGGACCCUUCAACCUGGUCUGUGGAUGAAGUGAUACAGUUUAUGAAACAUACAGAUCCUCACAUAUCAGGCCCCCUCGCCGACCUCUUCAGGCAACAUGAAAUUGAUGGGAAAGCCCUGCUACUACUGAAGAGUGAGCUGCUGAUGAAGUAUAUGGGGCUGAAACUAGGACCAGCAUUGAAACUAUGUUACUACAUUGAAAAACUUAAAGAAGUAAAACAUAAUUGAAACUGUGCAAAUUUAGUUUAGAGAUAAUUCUCAGGUAUACUGAAAGCAUUUUACUUUAAAAGUAGUUUUCAUCUCAUCAGUUUUUAUAGAAGGUUUUUAUAGAAAUAUUUUAUGAAAAUUGUAGUACAAUUACAUUACUAGUAUGCUCUCAUUCUUUAAAUACCAUUUAAUAUGUUUGAUUAUCAUAAUUAAAACUGGCUGUUCAUUAUUUAUGUCUUUAAUUAUUUUUAUUGUGUUUACAAGUGUACUUCAUGUGGCAAAGAGAAGAAAAGCUUUUAUUUGGAUUAAUAUUUAUAUUUAGAACCAAACAGCUAAACUCCAAGGAGGAAAAUACCAGCAACUUAAUUUCUAAAAAUAUGAGAAUUUUUUUUUCUCAAAAGAGAAUUUCAAGAUGCACUUAAGCUCUUGUCUGCUUAGUUAUUUUAGUCUGGUUUUACAGUAUUUUGUUCCUGAUCUAGUACUAGAAAGGGAAGAGCCAUAUACAUUAUUUUCCUUUCUGUCAGUGCCCCUUUUUUUGCUCAUACUACAGGAGGAAAGCAAUUUUAUAAGAUUACAUUAAAGUGUUCUUACUAGCCUUUGAUAUUUUUUAAACUAUAGGAUAGAUUAAAAUAAAUAUAUUUGUGUAGGAGAUGUUUAUUUUAACAGAGUGAAUGGGAUAGAAUUGGAUACAAUUUAUACCUAUUUUACAACUUUCUGUACUUUGGCUAAGCUUGAACAUUAGGCACCGAUUCUGACAUCUUUAUUUUCUAAGAUAUUUGCGUCCAGACUUUUAAUUUGUAUUUUAUUUUGUGUUUAAUACUCAUACAGAUACUUUAGCAUAUUUAUAUACUAUUGUAUAUAUGUGAGAAGACACAAGUGACUUUUUGAGUUGAAUAUGGCACUUUACACUGCCACAGAGGUAAUAGAGAUGUUUAUUCCCUGAAAAACAUAUACAUCAUUUUUCUAUCACCAGUACCUCUCAGCUUAUUCAGGUGAUAAGAAACUGCCCAUAAAUUGGCUCCCACAUAGGGAAGCUCUUUAUCCUAUGCAAUAUUUUUAGUUCUGAACCAUGAAUUCUGCUACAUUUUGAAAGAUACAUUAAAUCUAACAUUGAGGGUUUUGUUUUUUCCAAAUAAGAGCUUUCAAAGUAAAAUGGUGCUGCAUGCUAUCACUUUAUAUGAUGGUGUAAUGCAUAUAAGCUAUCUAUUCUAAAUGUCAACAAAAUGUUCGACCACACAAGAAUGUAAUUUUCUCAUUAGAAUACCAAAUGUACUUUAGACAACAAUGCAAAUGUUUAAAAUACCAUUUCACCUAUGUCAUUUCUAAUACAAGUAGAAUACUUAAACUUGAUCUUCCUGCAAAUUGGUUGUAUGAAGAUGCUAUUUCCAAUUGACUGGACCUCAGGUGUUUAUAAUAUUGUUUUAUAAUCUUAAGAUUUUUAAGAACAUAAUAAAGUUGUUA